UAAACAUUUUAUCGUAGCAAUUAAUAGUAAUGCCAUGUACGAACAAUUUUAUAGCACGUAUUCUAUCUUGUGGUCAUGUGGUGUAUUUUGCAUCUUCCUAAAACAAACCCAAAUAGCACACAAAGCAAUCAUAUUCAAGAAAAUGAUAUUUUGUGACUAUUCGGAUUCAUAUAGCUAGCUACCGGAACACGCCAUUCGAAGAUCUUCUACCUUAAUUUGAACAUUAUGGCGCCUAGUCCAGAUCCAGCCCUAGACAAGAAUUAUCAACAUGACGCGGUGGACUUGAGCAAUACAGAGAAGGAAGAAGCGAUACCCCUCCUGCCAGGGAAAAAAAAGCCUGGUACUGGUAGCCCGUUGUGCUCUUGCCGUUACACCCUGAGCUACAUAGCUUUUAUUGGUCUCACAUGUGCGUUUAUUAACCGGGUAAACAUUAGUGUUGCUAUGACAGCGAUGGCAAACAGCACUUACAGUGCUACCUAUGACCCCGUGAACUCCACUGCUGAACUUUGCCCAGAGAGAUCAGGUUUCAAUGAGUCGGAUGAUACCUUGGUGGAAGGCGAAUUUCCAUGGGAUUCCCACACACAAGAGCAGAUCCUAGCCGCUUUCUACUAUGGCUUCCCAGUACUGCAGGUCCCGUCAGGGUUACUGGCCGACAGGUACCCCCAGUGUACCACCAUUAUCAUUGGCUUUGGGUACCUCACUUCAGCCGUGACAUCUUUAUUCAUUCCUCUAGCUGCUUAUCGAGGUGGCGUUCCAGCUAUCAUGGCGCUGCGAGUCAUGUCAGGUUUGGCGGAGAGUGGGACUUAUCCUUGCCUUUAUUCGCUGAUGUCACGCUGGGCUCCGAAAGCUGACAGGAGCACAUUACUUGCUAUCGUAUUUUCUGGAUCGUCGGUCGGGCAAAUCAUUGCUCAGCCGAUAUCUGGCUUGCUCUCGGCAUCAGACUUCCUCGGUGGCUGGCCAUCCACAUUUUAUCUCUUUGGUACUUUUGGAGUAAUAUGGUAUAUUAUUUGGGUACUACUCGCGUAUCCUUCUCCCCUAGCACAUCCUAGGAUAUCGAAGGAGGAGAGGGAUUACAUCGUGAAUGAUCUCAAACUUUCCAAAGCGCCACCGACGAGACGGAAGUACCCUUGGAAAGAUUUUUUUACGUCAUUGCCCCUCUUAGCUGUCUGUGUCGCCGAUUUCGCCUUGCUCUGGGUCCUUUAUUCACUUACUUCAAAUCUUCCAAUAUUCUUGAACGAGGCUCUAAGAUUUGACAUCUCUCAGUCAGGUAUCAUAUCAUCGGUGCCAUAUAUUGCUUUGUUAUUCUGUAUCAUGUUCGGUGGAGUGAUGGCCGAUUUUCUCCUGGCACACACAAGAUUAAGCAUUACUGCUGUCAGAAAAGUCAUGACUACGCUCGGACUCGUUCCAUCAGGAUUUUUUCUAGUUUUAUCGGGAUCAGUCGGAUGUAAUGCAACUCUCGUAAUAAUAUUCAUCUCACUUGGACUAGCAACCACGGGAAUAGCGUACUCGGGAUCAUCCCUUACGAUGAUGGAAUUUGCUACCCCCUAUGCUGGAAUGGUCGUGGCCAUAGCAAAUACAGUUGCCACCAUACCGGGAUUCGUGGCGCCAAUCGUCGUUGCAAUCUACACAGAAAACCAAGCAGACUUGGCAGGAUGGAGACGGUUUUUCUGGAUAUCAUUUGGGAUCUCCAUGUCUGCCUGGGUAAUUUUCAUGAUCUUUGGAACCUCUGAGCUUCAGUCCUGGGCUAAAAUAGACACAAGAGAUGAUGGCAGUGAUUCGCCUAAAGAGGGCGGCGAGGAGGAUUACAAAACGUCGAUUCUGAAUGAAAGGAAACUCUCAAUAGAUCGCAACUUUGGCGAUAAGUAGGAGAACAUAAUGAUAAAGUUACAUCAACGAAACAAACCCCAAAAGGACAGAUGCUAUGUCAUUGGUAAUAACGUGAUAGAGUUUGUUGAUGUCCUGGGGAAAACCUCCUUUAAUGAAGGGAAGCGAUGGAGAACAUAGAGCUGCAACUUUCCCAACCGUUGUCUUUAAUAUUAGACAGAGCCAUAUACAAUCUAAGUUACAAAUAUAUUUUGUGACCAUCCCAAAACCAACAAUUCGCCCAAACUGAAUUUUCAAAUUUAAUUGAGUUUGGGAAAGCACAUACUACGCUUUUAUAAAAUUACAUGUAUGUAUACAUGUAACUUGUCAGAAUUUAUCAACAGUAACCCGCGAAAAGACUUGAUUGAAUGCAGAAGUAACUAAUAGAGAGCUUCGCAAAAAAGGAGAAAACAACGUUUGAACUGAAUUCAGGGUUUACUCAAAUAGUGUGUGAAUUCUCAUGAUACCGGAUUAUCUUUAAGAUUUUGUUACUUGCCUUUCACAGUAUUCGUGGAUCAACACAAUACAGUCUUUCAUUUACCAAUCACUACAGACCAGGCAGAUCUUUGCGCUCAUCCACCUCUGGCUUACUUGUCAUUCCGAAAGUUUCAAAAACUUGGGGGAAAAGAUCAUUUGCUUUUGCAUGCCCCACUUUGUGGAAUAGCCUUCCUGAAGAC